AUGUUUGCCAUAAUAAUCAGCAUCAUCUACAUCGCCAUCAACAUCAACAUCAACAUCGACAUCGCCGAUGCCAUCACAAUCUCCGGUGAUGAACGUGCAACCGUCAUCAAAGUGUGUGCACUUUCCGUUUCUGUUACAGGUUUUGGCUUCGUAACAUUUCAGAGCGAGGAUGUGGUAGACAAAGUUUGUGAAAUUCAUUUCCAUGAGAUCAACAACAAAAUGGUUGAAUGUAAGAAGGCGCAACCCAAGGAAGUCAUGCUGCCGGCCAACUUGGCCAAGACGCGUGCUGCCGGCCGCUCUGCUUACGAUAACAUCAUGUGGGGACUGGGGACAUUACCCGAUGGAUUUCCGGCAGCCGCCUAUGCAGCCUAUGCAGCCGGACGUGGUUACUCUGGAUAUCCAAGCUUCGGUUUGCCUUACCCUGCUGUGGAUCUAACUAAUGGACAACUAACGCCGAACAACAACACACCGCUACUCACACAGGCACUUUCAGUGAUGAACAACUAUCAAGCAGCAGCUGCAGCAGCCCAUAGCUUUGGACCAUCCGCAUCCCCUCAUACUACCACCACCCGUCAGGGGUUUCCUUCAACCAACUCCCCUGGGCCUACCAUUGAUAUGUACAGCUCGAAUGCAGCCGACAACGUCGGCUAUGUACAGGCAACCAGUCCACAGCCUUCUGGAUUUCCGAUUGCUGUGAGUCGGGCACCAUUGAACUACAGCCCGGGACCACUAAUUCCUGCGGCGUUUACAAAUGGAUACCAUUAAAAAGUGGCGAUGCGUUGCAAUAAAUUGUACACUCCAAAAAAAAUCACAGCAAAGGACAACAGCAACAACAAAUUAUACAAAAAUCUACAACUAACAAUUAAAGCAAAUAAUUGUUUUUCGCAAAACAAGUACGAAUAGUGAAUUAACACAUACAGGAAAAUUUGAAAAUUUAACCAAAAACUCAACGCAAAAAUUAAGUAAUCAAACACACCAACAAGA